CAAGGAGAGAUGCUGAUCGCGCCAAACUGACCAGCGCAGCCCCUGGGCUAGUGGCGACUCGCCCUCUGCGUUUUCCGCAGCAGCGCGGUUGGUGCCGGCUCCUCGCAUGAGCUCUCUAGUUCCCUGACUUUGAGAGGCGUCUCUCCCCUGCCCGACCGCCCAGAUGCAGUUUCGCCUCUUCUCUUUUGCCCUCAUUAUCCUGAACUGUAUGGAUUACAGCCACUGCCAAGGCAACCGAUGGAGACGCAGUAAGCGAGCCAGUUAUGUAUCAAAUCCCAUUUGCAAGGGUUGCUUGUCUUGUUCAAAGGACAAUGGGUGCAGCCGAUGUCAACAGAAGUUGUUCUUCUUUCUUCGAAGAGAAGGCAUGCGCCAGUAUGGAGAGUGCCUGCAUUCCUGCCCAUCAGGGUACUAUGGACACCGAGCCCCAGAUAUGAACAGAUGUGCAAGAUGCAGAAUAGAAAACUGUGAUUCCUGCUUCAGCAAAGACUUUUGUACCAAGUGCAAAGUAGGCUUUUAUUUGCAUAGAGGCCGUUGCUUUGAUGAAUGUCCAGAUGGUUUUGCACCAUUAGAUGAAAGCAUGGAAUGUGUGGAAGGAUGUGAAGUUGGUCAUUGGAGUGAAUGGGGAACUUGUAGCAGAAAUAAUCGCACAUGUGGAUUUAAAUGGGGUCUGGAAACCAGAACACGACAAAUUGUUAAAAAGCCCGCAAAAGACACGAUACCAUGUCCAACCAUCGCUGAAUCUAGGAGAUGUAAGAUGGCCAUGAGGCAUUGUCCAGGAGGGAAGAGGGCACCCAAGGCGAAGGAGAAGAACAACAAGAAAAAGAAGAGGAAGCUGAUAGAAAGAGCUCAGGAGCAACACAGUGUCUUCCUAGCUACAGACAGGGCUAACCAGUAAUAGACAAGACACGUAGGGUGGAUUUGGGGGCAGGGGUUUGUGUUUGCAAAAGUGCACAAAGCUACUCUCCACUCUGGACACUGGUGUGUGGCGUUGGUGCUGCUCAGACCAGUGUCUGUUCCCAGUAACAUGGUGAAAGGAGGAGCCAUGAGCGUGGCCUCUGUUAUUUAUGCUUUGAUUUGCAUCUGGAGACUGUGAAGCCAGGAGGCCCUGACCUGAAUCAGUGAAAGCAGGAGGAAGUGUACAGCGUGAUUUGGCUCGGUGUGCACAGAGUGAUCCUGGCACCGCGGAGAGGCAAGUGGUGUGAGGCCACAGACCAGCACUGGAGAACAGACUUGUGCAUAUUUAUGGGAAAGAAGAGGCUCAGCAGGCAAAGGGCUGUUUCACUUGUGACCUUUAUUUCUCACAUUGUGCAUUUUCAAGGAUAAAUCUGUGGAUGUCUGCCUAGUGUUACCACCUGUUGUUCUCAGCAUCUGUUACCUUCAAACUUGUGUGAUGAAACUGCUGUUAGCUGGGGAUAUGCUACAGGACUUCCUGCUCGGUUUCACAGCAGCUCUAACGUGUACAUAUUCUGCUGGGGCCACAUAUACACCUCUUACUUACUGUAUAUUUAUGCUUUCGUAUGUGUAACAAGUCAUACCUGAUUAAUAUUAUGUCACUUUGUUUCUAGUGGUUCCUAACCAUUGUCCGGUAACUGACUGUUCUAGCUUUGCGAAUUGACAAAUGUUUUGUUGUCCCUUGAAACUUAACUUGUCUUUUCUUUGUGGGCUUAUGUCUCAUUGUAAGGAUAGGAUAAGCUAGUUUGUACAUAGGGUCAAAUGACUGGUGUCAAGGAGUUUGAAUAUCAGCAGACCUUCCCCACCCCUGUCUCCUCAUACAGAUAAAGCAGCAUGUGGCAUCUGGCAGGCAGAAGCCAAAACUCCCUUAGAAUCUAAACUGUGAUGAUUUGAUGAAACACAGCUGAAAACAUGCGGCAUUACAUGCAGUCACUUGUACUACUCAUCAUGCAAUUUCACAGGCCAGCUAGAGAAUUUUUCAAAUUUUUAUUUCAAACUUCAACUUACAUGUACAUUUUUUAUUUCAAGCAGUCCCUGACUUACAAUGACAGGGUACCUACCAAUAUUCUUGGGUCACUGUAGAAGUUACCAUCAUCAGACCAGACCAUGCAUGGAAUUUGAGGAGAAAACAAACAGGAUGAAUUCCUACAACUGCUGGUCAGAUCUUAACAGGUCUCGUUUGAGCCAGAAGCUAUUUCGUUUCCAAGACUGAGAGAGGAACACUGAGGAGCCUUCCAAGGGCAAUUGCAGAGCAGUUUCAAAACCAUCCUUGUCCACUUGGGGGAAUCAGUUCUUAGAGGGUUUUGAAUUGGCUUCUAAAAGCAUCAUCUUCCUGGCUGAUCUAGAAGAAAAAAAGAAAUGGUUACAGAUUUUUGAGGGAAAAAAACCAAAGCAAGGUAAAGCCUUUUUCUCACCUUGCAUUGGCAAAACUACCUCUUUAGCACUUUUGUUUAACUUUUGAGUCAGAAGCAUCUUACCAAUAAGUAUAAAUGUCAUAUACAUCGUUAUGAAAAUAUUGCUAUGAGAUAGUAAGCCAUAUAUGAAUGUUGCGUACAACUUUGGGGUUUGCAUUUAAUCCUAAAGUGAUCACCUUUCACAUCUAUUGACAUUAUAUUCCUAUUUACUAAGUGGGGAAGGGGCUUCUUUAUAUAGUGCUUCAUCAUUGAUAAGGCAAUACCUGUUCUGUUUCUGGGAUGUUCU